AUGGACUCCUCCGAGUUUGACUUCGAGAUUGUCCAGGACAGAUGUCCAAUUUCAUCUGUUGCAUCCAGAGAUGAACGGAAAACAAAGGAUGUUUCUUACCUGAGGGGUAUAGUCGACAUGGGCAGUAAUGGGAUCCGGUUUUCAGUCACGGAUCUAUCUCCACCUUUUUCGCGCAUUCUCCCAACGAUACACGUUUAUCGUGUUGAUAUUUCACUCUAUGAUGCCCAAUUCAACCCCGACACAGGCGAAAAGGUACCUAUUCCUGCCAACAUUAUUGGGGAGGUUAUCGCUGCACUGAAUCGUUUCAAAAUUGUCUGCGCCGACCUUGAUGUUCCAGAAAGUCAGAUUCACGUGGUUGCCACAGAAGCAACUCGUGCUGCUCUCAAUUCUUCUGAAUUCAUCACAAAGAUCUACAAAGAUACGGGACUUUCUGUCGACUUGCUCCCGAAAGAAGAUGAAGGGCGCAUCGGCUCUUUGGGCGUUGCAAGUGGCUUCUCUGAUAUCAAGGGUCUCAUGAUGGACCUUGGGGGUGGAAGCACACAAAUUACUUGGAUUAUCUCACAGGAUGGAAACGUCAGAAUCAGUGAUCGAGGGUCCUUCAGUUUCCCAUAUGGGGCAGCAGCAUUGACCAAGACCUUGGAAGACUUGAAGAAGGGCAAGUCAAAGGAAGAAGCUGAAAAGGCGCGACAGAAAUUACAUGAUGAGAUGAAGGGUAAUUUCCAAGAUGCAUAUCAGAAGCUAAAAGUGCCGGAAAGCUUAGUGGCAGACGCUAAGGCUAACGGUGGAUUUCCGCUUUACCUGUCUGGCGGCGGGUUUAGAGGCUGGGGUUACUUGCUGCUGUCUAUCAGUCAGACUGAUAGAGUUCCUUACCCCAUAUCAAUCAUCAAUGGUUAUACGGUGGGCAAAGAAAGAUUCGAGAACACCAAAGCAAUGGAAGAGGUUGCUCGAACUGCGCAUUCCAUAUUCAGGGUUUCUGAUCGGAGAAGAAAGCAGGUUCCUGCCGUUGCCUUUCUGAUCAAUGUUUUGUCCAAUGCUAUCCCUCAUGGCAUUCGUCUUGCGCACUUUUGUCAAGGUGGUGUAAGAGAAGGGCUUUUGUUCAAAGAGCUUGGGCCUAGUAUCAGAGCCCAAGACCCGUUGGAGAUUACCACACAAAGGGUGGCCCCAGAGUCGGCCGAGCUUCUGUAUAGGCUGCUCAUGCUUUCAAUUCCUGAGCCAUCGAAUGGGGGCACUCGCCGCUUUCCGGAAUCUAUCAGCAAACACAUUCUCCGUGCCUUUGCAAACACAAUGUAUGUUCACACCAUCAUGGACAAAGAGCUUGCCUCCACGACGGCAAUGUACAGCACAAGCACGGGACUUCUCGCUUUUACUCGCGGGGUAUCUCAUGAAGAUCGGGCAAGACUUGCUCUGAUGUUGGAAUCGCGUUACAUGGGAGAGCUACCCCCACGUGAGGCACAAUUCAAAAAGGCGCUUCAAUCCAUCAUUACUCCAGAGGAGGUUUGGUGGGCUUCAUAUCUUGGACGGGUGGGUUAUCUGCUAGGCCGUCUUUAUCCAGCAGGCAAGGUGGACGAGCGAAAGCCACGUGUCAUUUUUUCGUCGCAAUGGGCUUGGGAUCUGGGACGUAAGAAGCAUGGUAAAGGUUUGCAACUUACAAUUUCCGUUCAAAAGAUGAAGGAUGAUCCGGCAAAAUUGAAACAGGCUUUAAGUGACCAUGUAAACAUAGUGGAGAAGAUUGGUAAAAAGAAGAAUUGGGCUGGAGGACCAGAUGGUUGGGGGAUGAAGGUAAAGGUCAAGGUUGUGGAAGAGGAUAUCUUGUAG